UUCUCUGUCAGGAGAAGGUUAAAAUUACUCCCUCCAUUAUCUUCAUCUUCUCAUCCACAACAAUUCCAUUAGUUUUUAACAGUUUUUUUGGGGGAAAUUUUUUCAAUAAAUUAGGGUUUUGCUUUCUCUUUUACCCGUCUGAUCUGUCUCCGAAGACUGGAUUCAAUUCAAUUCUGAAUGAAUAUUUGAUGUUUGUGCGGUUCAUUUCGGGGAUUGCGAUCGGGAUUUAUUGGUUUCCGGAUUCAAUUGAGUUGGAUUGAAUUCGCGCGUGAAUGCGUGAAUUUGAUUCCGAUUUUCGCCUCCCCCCUUGGAAUAACAGAUCUUGAAAUUGGCUCCGCAACGCCGGUCGCAGCGCCACAUGGGUGGCCAGAUGCAGCAGAGCAAUUCGGCGGCGACUGCUCUGUAUGAUCACCCGAGCAAUGCCGGCCCCGCCGGCGAUGCGGGAGACGCUGUCAUGGCGCGCUGGCUUCAGUCUGCCGGGUUGCAGCAUCUGGCCUCUCCUUUGGCCUCCACUGGUGUCGAUAAUCGCCUACUUCCCAACCUCCUUAUGCAGGGGUAUGGAGCACAGUCUGUAGAAGAGAAACAAAGGAUUUUUAGAUUAAUGAGAAACCUCAAUUUUAAUGGUGAAUCUGGUUCUGAACCAUAUACCCCAACUGCCCAAAAUUCAGGAGGUAUUCCUGUAUCAGAAGGACUUUAUUCUCCAGAAUUCAGGGGAGAUUUUGGAGCCGGACUUUUGGAUCUGCAUGCUAUGGAUGAUACAGAGCUCUUAACCGAUAAUGUCAUUUCUGAGCCAUUUGAGCCAUCACCUUUCAUGCCUGCUGUAAACAAAGCAUUUGAUAAUGACUUUGAUGUGCCGAACAGUCUGCCACAGAAGUCACAGAUAGAUUCAGAUGUUUCAACUAGUGUUCCAGGAAGUGAAAAAGAAAACAAUACAAGGGAAAACAAUGUGGCGAAGAUCAAAGUAGUGGUGCGCAAAAGACCUUUAAACAAGAAGGAAGUUUCUCGUAAAGAAGAUGAUAUUGUCACCGUAUCAGACAAUAGUUGUCUCACUGUGCAUGAACCCAAACUUAAGGUCGACUUGACUGCUUAUGUGGAGAAGCAUGAAUUCUGCUUUGAUGCUGUGCUGGAUGAACAUGUAACAAAUAAUGAGGUUUAUCGUGUUACGGUGGAACCAAUUAUUCCUAUUAUUUUUCAGCGUACAAAAGCAACUUGCUUUGCCUAUGGUCAAACAGGGAGUGGUAAGACAUUUACAAUGCAACCGCUACCUCUUAGAGCUGCAGAAGACCUUGUUAGAUUGUUGCACCAUCCAAUGUAUCGUAAUCAGAGAUUCAAGUUGUGGCUUAGCUAUUUUGAAAUAUAUGGUGGAAAACUUUUUGAUCUGCUCAGUGAUCGGAAGAAACUUUGUAUGAGAGAAGAUGGGCGGCAACAGGUUUGCAUUGUUGGACUGCAAGAGUUUGAAGUUUCUGAUGUGCAGAUAGUAAAAGAGUUCAUUGAAAAGGGAAAUGCUGCAAGAAGUACAGGGUCCACUGGUGCUAAUGAGGAAUCAUCAAGAUCACAUGCUAUACUACAGCUUGUUGUCAAGAAACACAAAGAAGUAAAAGAAUCUCGUCGAAAUAAUGAUGGAAAUGAAUCCAAGAAUGGAAAGGUGGUUGGGAAGCUUUCUUUCAUUGAUCUUGCUGGUAGUGAAAGAGGUGCUGAUACAACUGAUAAUGACCGACAAACAAGGAUCGAAGGAGCAGAAAUUAACAAGAGUUUGUUAGCUCUUAAAGAGUGUAUCCGUGCUCUUGACAAUGACCAGAUUCAUAUUCCAUUUCGAGGGAGCAAACUAACUGAGGUGCUUCGUGACUCAUUUGUUGGUAAUUCAAGGACUGUCAUGAUCUCCUGCAUUUCUCCAAAUGCUGGUUCAUGUGAACACACACUUAAUACAUUAAGAUAUGCUGAUAGGGUUAAAAGUCUCUCGAAGAGUGGAAACACAAAAAAGGAGCCAAGCACAAGUACAAGCACAUUACCUUCUCUAAACAAGGAAAUUUCUUCAGCACCAUCUUUGGCCAUUUCUGCGGAGGAAGAAGAUCUCAUUGAGCAGAUCCAAGAAUCUAAAAUACCCUUCUUAAGUAGAAGGGUUGUGGAGAAAGAAAGUUCAUCUUACAAUAUCUCUAAUGGAUCUGAUAGACAACCUGCCAGUUUUCCAUCAAACUCUACUUUCAAUGGACAGGAGGGAGGUGGGGCAACUUCUGGUGUUAACGGGAGUGAUAGGCUUGAAGCUAAGAAUGCUUAUGGUGGCCCUUCUAGUACAGAAGAGAGGGUGCAAAAGGUGUCUCCCCCUCGGAGGAAAGCUAAUAGGGAUGAAAAAACUGAAAUACCUGAAAGGCCAGGAAAUUCAUUGAAAAAAGAUGCAAGCAACCUUGAUUUAUCCAGUAAAGGUUAUAAAGAACUGAACUUAAGCAGCCUUAAUAUAAGAAGUAUUGGAUCAAAACAGGAUUCACCUUCACAAGAUGAUAAUGUCAAUGAAAUACUAGAGGAAGAGGAAGCUUUGAUUGCUGCCCAUAGAAGAGAAAUUGAAGACACCAUGGAGAUUGUCCGUGAAGAAAUGAAGCUACUGGCUGAAGUUGAUCAGCCCGGGAGUCUUAUUGACAACUACGUGACCCAAUUGAACUUCGUGCUGUCACGAAAAGCGGCAAGUUUGGUCAGCCUCCAAGCCCGUCUUGCAAGGUUCCAGCAUCGACUUAAAGAACAUGAAAUCCUGAGUAGGAAGAGGCCGCCACCCCGCUAGGCGAUGAUGAUGCUUACAGCGAGAGGCGGCAUUGCUCUUUUUGCCAUGCAAUAUCACAUAUAAACUUUGUUGAUUUGUAAUAUUUUUCAAGAUAGGUUUUCAGUUUCUGUACUAAAAAUGUGCAAUUUAGAUCCUUGUACUAUUAAAUAUAUAAUGAAAAAUUAUUAACAGCUUUUGAUGAA